AUUGGUCAGUGGCAUUCAGAGCAGGGACUGUCCAUGGAGAGGAAGCUUCCAUCACUUAACGUGACAGACACACUAUUCAACACCACUCUCACCAUAACUACCAUCCUGGAGAAUCCAUACGUAAUGCUGAGAGCCAAUCACCAGGAACUUGAAGGGAACGAGCGCUACGAAGGCUUCUGCGUGGACAUGCUGAAGGAGUUGGCAGAUACCCUGAAGUUCAAGUACCGCAUUCGACUAGUUGGGGACGGUGUGUACGGAGUGUCGGGCGCCAAUGGCACCUGGACAGGCAUGGUGGGAGAGCUCAUCAGCAGGAAGGCUGACUUGGCUGUGGCCGCCCUGACCAUCACGGCCGAGAGGGAGAAGGUCAUUGAUUUCUCCAAACCCUUCAUGACUCUGGGGAUCAGCAUCAUGUACCGAGUGCACAUAGGAAGAAGACCGGGGUAUUUCUCCUUUUUGGAUCCGUUCUCUCCUGGGGUUUGGCUUUUCAUGUUGCUGGCGUACCUGGCAGUGAGCUGCGUGCUCUUUCUGGUGGCGAGGCUAACACCUUUUGAAUGGUACAACCCUCACCCCUGCCUGAAGGGGCGCUGUAGCCUGCUCAUUAACCAGUAUUCGCUGGGCAACAGUUUCUGGUUUCCUGUGGGUGGUUUCAUGCAGCAAGGCUCCACCAUCGCCCCCAGAGCCCUGUCCACACGCUGCGUCAGUGGAGUAUGGUGGGCCUUCACCUUGAUCAUCAUCUCUUCCUACACAGCCAACUUGGCGGCCUUUCUCACUGUACAGAGAAUGGAGGUGCCCAUCGAGUCUGUGGACGAUCUGGCUGACCAAACGGCCAUCGAAUACGGCACCAUGCACGGCGGGUCCACCAUGACCUUCUUCCAGAACUCCCGCUACCAGACGUACCAACGCAUGUGGAACUUCAUGUACUCCAAGCAGCCCAGUGUGUUCGUGAAGAGCACUGAGGAGGGCAUCGCCCGAGUGCUCAACUCCAAUUAUGCCUACCUGCUGGAGAGCACCAUGAACGAGUACUACCGCCAGCGCAACUGCAACCUCACCCAGAUCGGAGGCCUGCUGGACACCAAGGGCUAUGGCAUUGGCAUGCCUCUGGGCUCGGUCUACAGAGAUGAGUUUGACCUGGCCAUACUCAAACUACAGGAGGAAAACCGCUUAGAGAUCCUGAAGAGGAAAUGGUGGGAUGGUGGCAAGUGUCCAAAAGAGGAGGAUCAUCGAGCGAAAGGUCUGGGCAUGGAGAACAUCGGUGGGAUCUUCGUGGUGCUUGUGUGUGGUCUUCUGGUGGCCAUCUUCAUGGCGGUGCUGGAGUUUGUGUGGAUGCUGCGUCAUACGCCAGCAACAGAGCUGUCCAUGUGCGAGGAGAUGCUACGAGAGCUGCAGGGCAUCGUGCUGUGUCAGGACAGCCUGCAGUUACGGCGCAGGCGCGGAGCCAGCAUGUUGCGACCGCAGCCUCUGCCCCUGGACGAGCGACGGGCGCGGGCAGCGGCGGCGAGCCUCAGCAACGGCAAGCUGUGCACGGGCACAGGCCUGCCCGAACCCCUCUCCCACAGACUGGCGCAGGAGGCCGCCCUGGUGGCGCGAGGGUGCAGUCACAUUCGCAUCUGCCCGGAGUGCCGGCGCUUCCAGGGCAUUCGAGUGCGCCCGGCCGGCCCUCCAGGAGCAUCGCCCACCCACAGUGAGGAGAGUAUAGAGUGGGAGAACGGCACCAACAACAGUGAACACGAAUAACCUCUCGGAUCUGUGGCGGAUAGACAUUAAACGACAGCUUUGCUGGACCCAGGGAUUAUGGGAAUGUAGGCUCCGGGGAAGGAGCUAAAAGAGAAGCUGUCCGUGCUGCUCGAUUCGGCCCAGGAGCUGCAUCUGGUUUCUGUACACUGUCCUUACGGCCCUCUGCUUUCGGGGGACACAGCAGAGGGGCUUUGUACUAUGCAGUAUAUUUGUCUUACUGUGCUGUUGAUUUAUUUUUAAAUUAUUGCUCUUUUGUUGUGAUACCACUAUAUUGCUAUUAUCUCCUUCUCACGACACCCGUUUAGUUUGUUUUUUCACACCGCGGAUGGCUGCAGACUGUGUCAACCACGCGCAACCUUUUUUAGAGUGCCAAAAUACUUUGUAUUAAUUCUGUGCUGUUGCCAUCUCAUUCCAGCCCCUGAAGGAGUAACUAUUAAGAGAACUGAACACAAAAACAAC